AUGGCCCUGCCAACCCUCCAGUUCCUCGCGGGGCUCCUGCUCCUCAUCUACCUGCUCUCCUUUGUCCUAUUCGCCUUUAUACGCAUUGCCACCGGGGUAUCCAUACAACGACUCGGCUUACGGGGCCUGCGACGCAUUGCAUUCACUCCCAAGGAUGGCCUGCGCAUCGAAAUUCGUGGGCUCGGCUUUACCCUCCAUCGACCCACCUUCGCCCAACCAACGGUAGUCAGCAUCGUUCUACACGAGCUCAAAGUCACAGUGGACCUCAAGGUGCUUGGAGAGAAGCCACGGAAGAAGACAGGGUGGGCUCACUGGGCGAACGGUACGACACAGAAGGGCAAGAGCGGCCAGGAUACACCGGAACCGGUUGCUGAGGACGACGAGCCGGGCGACGAGGAAACACAGAGAAGCCUGACGUGGAAGAGGCUCACGGAUGCCAAGGAGAAGAUCAAGCGUCUGCACAGGAACAUCAAUUGGCUCAGGCAGGUUGAUGUUGUGGCUCACGCAACCACCCUUGUCGUCGUCGACGUGGGCUCAGUGCAGGUCGGCGGCCUCAAUCUAGCCGUGGAUACUAGACGCAAGACGGUGGACCGUAGCCGUCUCUUCAAUCACCACAAGCCGAAGCCGGAUCAGGAGCAAUGGCCUGCCGAAUGGCUCUUCUCCGCACGCAGCAUUCUGUUCACCCCAGAAGGCAGGGAGUCGACCGAGCUGCUCGAUCACUGCACUCUCAACGUUCACGGCUUCCUCAAGAAAGAGCUCGAGGGUCUGCGCGAUGCAUCCAUCGCACUCAAGCUGGGUCGCCUCCUCAUUCCGUAUGACGAUGUCAAACUGUGCAUUGAGAGAGCCCAGAAGUGUCGCGCGACUGGCCCUCGUAAAAGAUCUCGUGGCAGUCGCACAGAUGUAUCGCUCAGCGAUGUCAUGGAAGAGCUCGACGACCCGAACAGUCGUGAAGAAAAACUUGUCCGUGCCGUCUCCGAUUCUCGCGAGUUCGCCAGCUCCAUUCUCCGCGGCAUUCACGAGUUCCAGUUCGCGGUUGGCUUCCUCGGCCUGACCAAGCAGAUUGAGACCGCGGAUAGCUCAGACCCUCCGUUCUACCUCAAUCUUUCCAUGAAGGAAGUCGGCAUGGAUCUUCUUCGCCUAGACCCUCGCAGUCCUGCACAUCUCAUGUACUUCUCGCCUAACGACAUUGCUCACCAGGCUCUUCUUGCUGCAAUAUCCAUAUCCGUCGGUAUCGACAAUAGCCACGGUCAUCCUGAACGCCUUCUGUACAUUCCCAUGGCGACGACGACCUUAAACACAACCCUCCCUUCUAAAACCAUCCAUUUCUCCAACGACAAAGAUAGCGCCGAGCGCAACACCAAUAUACUCUUUGCCAACUUGGUCGUCACCUCGCCAUCGCUCGACCUCGAUCCCAAGCAUUUACCACUACUCAUUGCCUUGUUUCAUAACUACGAGACGCAUCGCAAGCCACCAGAAACAAGACAACGUAAACGCUAUCUCUUUCGCCGGCUCUUGCCUAAAGCAAACAUCAAAAUGUCAAUUCACGAGCCUGUCAUCCGAGUCAGCCUACCACCGAUGGACCUCGACAGGCAUGACAAGGACGAGUUCGACCUGCUGAUCUCUGCAUCUUCUUCCAUAUCAUUGGAUGUGGAGUCAUCGCACUCUGCAGAUGGCGAGUUGCAUUAUGCGCUGAGCUCAACUUUUCGCAUGAACGCACAGCAACUCUAUUACCAAACUGCAGCGAUCGAGAAACACAACUUGCUUUUGACCGACUACCUCGAAGUCAAGGUUCAGAUGAGUGCAGCUCCCGACCCUGUUGUGGAGGUUUGGGGCACGGCACAGACAUUCUCUCUAUACAUGGUACGCCCUGAAAUCAGUGGAGGACUGCGACAGAUCGUCACAAAAACGUCAGCGGAUAUAGGCCGUCGGCGAAGCGCGCCAAAGAAGAAAGGACUUAAUGCACUCCGCAGAUUACCGGCUUGGAUGACCUACGUCCACCUCCAAGGAUCAGAUUGGAACGUAGACGUCGCUGGAAUAGAUUCCGAUGUAUCGAAACACAGUCGAGGAGUAUCCCUACAUCUGGAAUCCUGGACCGCGGAAUACAAAACAGGCCGCGAAGAAGAGACGGACCUGAAGCCUGCAAGACGGCGCGCACCAAGUAGGACCAUCAAUCGCGAAGAACAUCUGCUUAGAUCACCACCCCCAACCUCGCCAAAGUUACCGAAGGCAACGUCAGGCGACCCAACUGAUGGUAGACGUCUUGCUUUGCAUUUCUAUGGGCUAGAGGGGUUGAUCAUCGAGGGAGAGGAUCAAUCGGAGCAAGAACCAACGCUGUCGCUGCCUCGCAUGGAGAUUGCUCUGCAUACGCUCUCUGACAAGCAGGGUCCGAUAUUCCACGUGCAUUCGUACAGCCAGAACCUAUUUCUGCGCUAUUCGCUAUACCGCCAUUUUGCUCUAUGCAUGGCAAUGCAGGUCCUGCAGAGGUCUUUUGACUGGGACGUGAGGAAGACCAAGACUGCGGAGCCAACCUCAGCAAGCUCGCCGCGACACUUGUCCGUUCCGACGCUAGGCGAGGAUGUUAUUGAACCACUUAGCGGAACCAGCCAUGAGAUAGUGACAGUCGAUGUGAAAGCUCACUUCUUCCAGAUCAAAGCAGACAUGCCUGGAGAUCCACCCCUCAUGCUUCAGAUCUAUGGACUUGAAGCGGGAAAACAUCGCUGGACCAGCCCAUUCCUUCGGUCGCGCCUAGUGCGCUUGUUUGCAGAAAACCCAGCUAUCAAGCGCGCUUGGAGUCGAAUCGUCAGUGUCAAAUCUUUGCGACUGGAUUAUCGGAAGUCCAAGCUCAGAUACGGUCACACGAUAACGGACGAGAAAUCAUUUGACAUUGCGACGGACGCGAUAAGAAUUGCUGUACCUCAUCAGUUAGUCAUGCAUAAGAUCUUUGACAACGUUGCCAAUGUUGCGAAGACCGUCAAGCAAGUGCACCAUCGCUUCAAGACUGGGACUAACGAGUACGUCCUUGACAAGGAAGCUGAAGGCCCCAAGAUCGUGCCAAAGAUAUCGCUUCGAAGCCGCGCUGUGCUCUUUGAGCUGGAAGACAACGCCUUUGAAUGGAAGCUUGGGACUAUCUACCGGAUUGGUCUUAUGGAGCAAAAGCAGAGACUUGCUCGUGAACAUGCUUUUGACCUGAAAGUGCGGAAGUUACAACAGCAAGACGACCAGCGUGGCAAUUCACGUUACCGCGCAAGAUCUGCACAUGAUGUUCGUGGACGGAACAAGAUCAAGAAGAAAGACAAAGAGACUAGAUUCCACCGACGCACGAAGAGCGCCGAAUCAAGCGGUCGUAGCUCACCGGACCGGGGUCGUUCAGAUCAUCCUAUGCGAUACAACAAGGACGGCUUCAGCGGUCUUAGUGGGUCAUAUCAGACGUCUGUACAAGACGCACGCGUAAAGCUGAAUCGCCUGAACGCUCAGACAUGGAAGAAGCGUAUCGACUUCGCGAUGACAACGCAAAAUCGUUCUAUGAACGACAUCCGCUCAACAUUCUGGGGAUUGGACGAACUGCCAGAUGACAUCGAGCAGAAGGAAACCAUCCUAGCUGUCUCACAACGUCCAGCUCUCAUGGCUCUCGCAGUCAGUGACCUGGAAAUUGUCGUCGACAAGCCCUCGUUUCCUAUCUCGGAGUACCCGCGCUUCCUGCACCGCGUCGGCAAAGGUAUGCCGUUCGAUACUCAGUAUGCUCUUUUGAUACCCAUGCAUGUCCAAAUACAAAUGGGAGAAGCCAAGAUUCAUCUUCGGGACUACCCACUGCCACUGUUGCACUUCCCAGCUAUCGGUAACAUACCAUCGUCACGACUACCCAGCGUUUUGAUGAAGACAGACUUUGUAAUUGCAGAAGAGUUCAGGGAUGUCGAGUCUUCACGCGUCAGUCGAGUCGUUGUAGUACCGUCAGAGCAAAACUCCGCGGGUGAGCUCGCGGGCGGAUAUGCUGUAGACGUUCGUCGAACUGUGGCGCCUGUAAAGACAUACUCAGACAUGGCGAUUGAUAUCAAUUCAGCGUACCCGACCAGAAUUACCUGGGGCACGUCGUAUCAGCCAGCGAUUCAAGAUAUGAUGCAAAUCAUCGAAAACUUCACAAAGCCUGCCAUAGACCCCUCCGAGAGGGUCGGAUUCUGGGACAAGAUCAGGCUGACCUUCCAUUCUCGUAUCAAUGUCUCAUGGAAGGGUGACGGCGAUGUUCACCUUAUCCUCAAAGGUUCGCGUGAUCCGUACAUGGUGACUGGUCAUGGUGCAGGCUUUGUCAUGUGCUGGCAGAAUGAUGUACAACUCAGCAUCGCCCAGGACGAAGACCCUAGGAAUUUCAUGGUCGUCAAGAGUGGAAGCUACGUGCUCGCUAUCCCAGACCUCAACCACUUUGCCCGUCACGACGCUGAGACCGAAGCUGUGGCCCGACCAGACACUGCAUCAAGCAUGUCUAGUCGCAGGCAGAGAGCCGUCUUCAAGAAGACUGUGAUGAAGCUUAAUGGCAAUGUGCGCUGGGUUGCUGGCCUAGUAUUUGAGCGUAAUCGGGACGAUGGUGGACGUUCGUUCAACUUCAUACCUCACUACAACAUCACCCUCAAAAACCCAAAGUAUGCAAAGGCAUCGAACGGGAAGGAGUAUGACGCUUUCCGAGGAUUCCGCAGCCACCAUAUCCACAUGUCUAUCGCUAUCGCUGCUCCAUACGAUCGAGAGUGGUCUGUCGCUAACUUAGAACCAUCGAAAACAUACAACAGUGUCCAUCUCUCACCACGCUUCUUCACACACUUUUACAGCUGGUGGUCGAUGUUUUCCGGUGCAAUGUCCUUACCCGUACGCCAAGGGAAGCUGUGGCCAGGGGUAGAGAAGUCCAGUAAGAAGUUCGGCCGACAUCUUGCGACAAUCAAGUAUAAUCUCUUGCUAUCACCCCUGUACAUGAGCCACAUCUACAAGCACAAGGAUGCGGAGGAUUAUACUGCAGGUGUGGUUUCCGCCACUGGACUAAAGGCACGUCUCGACAGCUUCAUGUUUGAUCUCCACCAGCGCCGCGAAGAGUUCAGAACCUUGGUACAGGCGCCCGAAGGCCAGCAGAACAGCAGGCAAAACAAGACAACUGGUAUGCGCAUCAACCAGGUACAACUUGACCUUAUUCGUACGGACAUUCGAGCAGUAUCUGCGAGCAUCUCGGGGACCGGCUCUGAAGAUGUGGAUAAUGCAACCGCAGAUGACCUUGCCAGCUACAACCAAGAGUACCUCACAGCUGAUUUGUCGAAAUUCACCAUUCCAGACAACGACCUUGGGUGGGUGGACAUGGAUGACUUCAUCGAGCUCGGUUGGAUCUUGCCUUCACGUCAACACCCCGAAACACAAAUUCUACCACUCGCCUUCGCCCCGCGCUUUACGUACUUCCGCCAGACCGAUCACAGUAACAACAUCUCAGGCGACAAACACCGGAAGAGCGCAUUCGGUAAUGAGCCGACUCAUCAUUGUGUCAUCUCAGCACGGAAUGAUCCACGCCGGGUACAGUGUCACCUGAUUGAACAACGCAUUGAACGCGUCAAGGAACAAGUUGCGCACAACCAGAAUGCAGUGAAUGAGCAAGAGCUCAACGCCAUACGAGAAACAUCGGAAGGGCAAGGCGAGUCGCAACGUCGUCUUGAAACGCUGCGGAAUCAUACACAAUUCCUCCAGCGGAAACUGGAGUUUCUGUCUGCAAUGCAUACCAGUUUAUUGGAGCGGUUGGAGACUGCUUCGUCUUCAGAUAAUCCUGUUCCAGAGCCCGAGACUGAUGGAGAAGACGAGUACUUUGAAGCAGACGAUGGUCAGGAUACGGUUGGCCCAGAAGGCAAGCAAGCAGACUUACCUCCCAAUCCCAUUACCGAUUCCACGAACGACUUUAACAAUCGGUUCAUCAUCCACAACAUCCACCUCAAGUGGGGCAACUCCUUACGAAAUAUAAUACUCCGCUACAUCCACCAAGUCAGUCAGCGCCGAGGUUUUGUUUAUUACAUGUCUCGGAGAGCUGUCAAGUUCAUACUCGACGUUGUUGAAGAGCAAAAUAAGUCUCGUGGACCAUCUACAUCUGGGCCCGAAGAGACACCUAUGGCCGGUGACAACGAGGCAGGGCUGGACAUCGACGAAACGAUUGAACAGUUCCUGCGCGAUGGCAAGAACUUUGUCAACGCUGAUGAGGAGGACGCUAAAAGCAAGACCACGAACGGUACUUCUGGAGGCGCGAGCGAUCCUUUACCUGCGAACCCUGCAAAAGCGGACGAAGAUGUUGCGGACGACUAUGUUUCUCAGAAUUCAUAUCUUGUACGUCUUAUUGCACCGCAAAUCCAACUACAAAGCGAGAAAGACACGAAGUCCGCGGUACUUGUCACAGCAAAAGGCAUGCAGCUUAAGGUUUUACAAAUCAUGGACAAGGACCGUGUUAUGGACGAGGUCUCGGGUCUGGUUCAACGAAGAUUCAUCGCGGCUAUGGACAGCCUGCAAAUCUUCGUCACAAACUCAAAGACUUUCAGUAGUCCGGAGGAUAUUCACAUGUACUCUGGAAGCAUGUACGGAACGCCGGCUGGCUCAGCAUGGCCACCAUGGGUACCUUUCGAGGUCAUGUUUGAGUUUCACACCAAUCCGUUUGGCUUCCAGCGUGUGGUACAAAGAACCUCGGCCAGUAUGCGGUAUGAUAAGCACAAUGCGCUGCGUCUGAAGUACAAUGACGAUGUUUCGGCUGGCGACUCUUCCUCUUCUGCCGACAACAUGGAGAGCCGAAUCGACCAUCUUUGGGUGGACUUCCCACACGUGCGGGCCUUGUGUGACUCUAGACAGUAUUACGCGAUGUAUGUCAUCGUACUGGAUCUGCUGUUGUACCACGAGCCAUUGGAAAAGACGCGGAACGAGCGACUUGAGAAGAUCAUGCUUGCAUCAGACUUCACCGACCUUGCUGGAGCUCCAAACUUGGUCAUGGGUCUUCAAGAGCGCAUUCAACAGCUGGAAGAGAUCAAGACUGUCUUCCAGAUCAACGAGAAGUAUCUGGACAAGCAAGGAUGGGAAGAUCGUAUCGAGGUCGAGAAAGACUUGGCUGUCUACGAGGACGAACUGUUCUUCGUCAUGAAAGCGAUCACAACCGCGCAGCGCAAGCAAGAUGACCGUGCGCAGGCAAGACAGUCAACUGGGCUCCUGCGGAUGUAUGUCUCUGCGUCUGAUAUUGUCUGGCAUCUGCUUCGCGAAGGUGCAGAAUCAUUAGCAGAGUUCCAACUCAAGAACGUGGCGUUUGAUCGCACCGAUAACAACGACGGAUCCAAUUCCAACUCUCUAGAGAUUGAACAGGUGCGAGGUCUGAAUCUGCUGCCCAACGCGCUAUACCCUGAGAUGAUCUCGCCUUUCCUGGAGCAAGACCAGACUCUUCCGGAGAACGCCAGAUGCCUCAAGGUCUACUUCGUAGCUCUUGAAUCGAUCGCAGGUAUUCCUGUUGUAGAACACUUUGAGGUUGAGUUAUACCCGCUGAAGGUACAACUGGAGUACCAGAUCGGCAAGAAACUAUUGCAAUACGUUUUCCCUACGUACGGCGAUAGCAAGACUGCGAACUCAUCGCCCUUUUUACUCAAACACACUCUACCGACCCAGGAUGAGGAAGACGAAGCCAAUAGUAUCAUUUCUGGGGCAGCAAGUAUGAACGCCUCGCUUUCAACGGACGACGGUGCAGUGGAAGCUCUCAAGCAACGACUCACGCCCACACUUCAGCUCCCUGAUCCGGUACAGAAGUCUGAUGCGAAGAGGAAAGGUAUGGUCAAGCGGCCGAGUGCUCAUUAUUUCCGUUUCUUCCGAGACAACAAUGCUUCCCGUAGUGGGACUGAGCUCCGUCGCACUCUUCACCCAAGCUCUGCGUUGGUAGUCCCUACAUUGGGAAGCAAUUCGAAUAAUUCCACGAGACCAAGCUCCGUCCGGUCAAGCACAACCAAUUCAAGUCAGACUGUAAACGAGUCUCAACGAACCGCCAAACGCUUUGCGCUUUACCGUACCGGUACCAAUUUGACUGAGAAGCGCACGAACAAGAAGGAGGUUAGGAGCGAUGACCUGACAGAAAUGAUGAGUCGCGCGAGCGAGUUCAUGACUGUUGCUUACUUCAAAAUUCCGUCCAUGGUGUUGUGUCUCUCUUACAAGGGGAAGAGCACACGCAACUUCGAAGAUGUCCACGAUCUGGUCUUCAGGAUGCCUACGAUAGAGUACCGUAACAAAACGUGGUCCAAUUUGGAUCUCGUCACCCAACUCAAGAAAGACGUCUUAAGAGCGCUUCUGUCUCAUGCCGGUACGAUUGUUGGCAACAAGAUCUCGCACCAUCGUCCGUCAGCCAAAGCACAGUCUCGUCUUCGUCAACUUGCCAACAGCAGCGCAAUGCUCAACACGUCUCCAGAUCUCUCAGGCACUGAUUCGAACUCUAUGCGCGACCACUCGCCCGGCGGCUCUGACCUCUCAGCCGAAGAUCGUGUGCCCCGCCGUUCUUUCGCAUCCGGACGCCAGGGUAGUCUCAUCAGCACCGUUUCGGAAGAAGGCUCAUCCUUGAACUCGUCAAAACCGGCUUCAACAAACCAAGCGCGCUCCACGCACGGUUCCAUCAUGGGUGGCUACAGUCAUCACAGCAACGGCCUAGGCGUCGAUGAUGUCGAGGAUGGACGUGCCUUUGCUGAUGAGUUGUCAAGAGUAGAUAACACGGAGCCAGUCCACGCAAACCUUAUUCAUAGUUUGAGUAAACAUAUCGCUGGAGUCAGCGCCCCCUUUGCCGGGCACAUAAGAAACAGAGCGAACAGUGGUGCAGCCAGCAUGCGAGCUGCGAGCGUGGCGACUGGUAUUAGUGGCAUCAGUGGUGUAAGUGGGAGAGAAGGCAGCGUGAUGGAAGACGACACGGAUGGUCCAAAGACGAAGAAAGCGAAGGCUUUGGGGAAGAAGCUACUUGGUAGGGGGAACUAG